CCCAGUCCAGGUCCUGGCUUUGGCCCCAUUCACACCAUGGUUAUGCUCACUGAGCUGCUGGUGCUCCUGGCCACCCUUCUGGCUACCCUUCUGGUCACAGCCAUGGGCUACUUUGCCGGGAUCCACAGGCAUGAAGAGGAGUGCUUCUUGGAGCAGGUAAAUUUGGGCACCACGGUGGGCCUCCUCUUCGAGACGGUGGAUGGCGGCUUCCUAGAUAUCGAUGUGGGGAAGACAGGGCCUGAUAAUAGAAGAGUUUAUAAAGGAGACCGAGAGUCCAGUGGAAAAUACACAUUUACUGCUGGCAUGGAUGGAACACUUUGGUUUUGUUUUAGCAACAGGAUGUCUACCAUGACUCCAAAGACAGUGAUGUUCUCCAUUGAUAUCGGGGAGGACCCCGAAGGACAAGACAUUGAAAUAGAAGCUCACCAGGCCAAGCUGGAAGACAUGAUUAAUGAGCGAGCAGGGAUGAUGGUGGCUGUCGAGCAUGAACAGGCAUCCAUGGAAGAUCAGGAGGGGGUGCGUGGAGAGAUCAACGAUGACCCAAGCAGCAGAGUGGUCCCUGGGUCCUUCACUGAAGCUCUUAUUCUAGUUGCUGUGAGACUGGGACCAAUCUACUACCUGAAGAAAUUUUUGAAGUCUGGAGGGUUGUUUAAAGAGCCUUUUUUGGAUGAUCUUAAAAUCAUAAUUCACUGUUUACCAAACAUCUUGGUCAUGCUAAUGUAA